GGGGGUCUCUAUUCAAACCGUGCCCCUCCCUUGUCAAAGGAGACAGGAGAGGAGGGGGGUGUAUAUCUGUCAGGAGGAUUUUGGCAGCAAUCAUAACCUGCCAGACUUCAGAGAUCGAAGACACCUCCGCACACACACAGCCGACAUCAUGAGCAAGAAAUCAGGGAAAGAUGGGAAAGGGAUGAAAAAGAAGGCGACUGAGCCCCACACACCCCCUUCCCCCUCCACCUCCACGGAAAGUGAUCCUGGGGAGGGUUGCAGCAGUGACAUGAAUGGCCCUGAACCUAAAAAAUGCCGUAGAGGAAACCUUCCCCAAGAAGCUGUUGAAGUCCUGCGUGAAUGGCUCUUUGAGCAUCGCCACAAUGCCUAUCCAUCAGAGGCCGAGAAGGCCGCGCUGUCCGAAAUGACUCAACUCACCGUACUGCAGAUUUGCAAUUGGUUCAUUAACGCUCGCAGAAGAGCUCUACCUGACAUGCUCCGCAAAGACGGGAAAGAUCCCGCUCAGUACACAAUCUCUCGCAAGGGAUCGAGAAACCAAGAGCCGCUUUCAUGUGCUCAACAACAGCGAAUGGCUACAGAUCCUCAGCAAAUGCCUCCACAUCUUCACCUUCAGCAACAACAAAUGCCUACAAAUGUUCCACAAAUGCCUGUAGAGAUCUCUCAGCUUACAUCAGUUGACAACGCUACACUGCCAAGCCUGUUUAUGGUUCCUUCUGGCUUUGUUCCCUUGAUCUAUCCUUUCGGGCAAGCCUUCAAUGCAGUCGCCACGGUCCGUCCUGACAUCAUCAUGCAACAAGUGGCUCCAGCUAUAAAAGCUGAGGAAGCCGGCACUUCAGCAGAGCUGCCCAACAAUCCUAGUUGCCCUUCCCCUGAGGAACAUGCAGAUACCCCUCUACCUGCCUUUCCUCCGUCCUUUGUUGAGGGUGCUAGAAUUAGCCCCUUGCAGAUCUUGGCUCACGUGGCUACACUGUAUAAAACCGAAAUGACUGCCAAGGAGGAGGAUAUUCGCGAAGCUGCCCGCAGUGCCCUGCAUGCCCUUCAAAAUUUCAACCUUAAUGAUGAGUCCGAUUCCUAACCAUCUACGAUGUUUUUUUUUUCUUUCCAUUAGUCCAAUGACUUCAAAUGCUUCCAAGAAUUUAUUUUGUCUGCCUUUAGGACUUCACAUUGAGAAGCUAGAAUUAAAUUGGAUCCUACCCAUGCUUGGUUUUGCAAAGAACGCACAAACCCUCAGCUUUUGCUGGGGGCUCUUUGCAAACGGGUCAAAACACAUGCAAAUGGGUAUUUGUUUUUAUAUAGCGACUUCGGUACGUUUUUUGCUGUUUACGUUUAAUUCAGUGUUCGGCCCCCAACUGCUUAGUGUAGUUGAAUUGGAUAUGGGGCGGUACGGCACCUUGAGACACUAUGGGUGGGGUGGCCAUAUUCAUUGAACCUUUUCCGCACAGUGUUCUAAAAAUAUGCUGCUACCCCCCCUCGCACUUUAUCGGUCAAACUGACCAAAGCUUAGUCAGCAAUGUUAAAGAAUCACUACAGCCGGGGUUUUGGAGUAGGCGACUCGACUCGCACAUGAUACUUCUCGAACCUGCUCCAACUUUCUUGGCCUCUUUUUACAUUGCUGCUUGGUUGUUUAUUAUAGAAGUGUUUGGGGAGGAGGGGCAACUCUUUUUUUUGUUCUUAACACUGUGUUUACUUUAUAUUUUUAAUUUUUUUCAAUUAUUAUUUUUUUGGAAUGGCUAGUUUGAAGCUUCCUUAUGGAAGUACAAUAUGCUGCUCAAACUAAAUAGAUUUAUACUUGCAAUGUAUGCUCAUAAAAAAAAAAAAAAAAAAAA